UUAUAGUUUUCCAGAGUUGCAGUGCGCAGUCCCAGAUCCGCAUACCCGUAAUCAUAUUUUAGCCUUGGUAAUACACAUUUUAGUAAACAUGGAGCUGUCAGCAGAAAGUCACUCCAUUCCUCUGUCUGAUGGAAACAGCAUACCUUUGAUAGGACUGGGAACUUAUGGAGAUCCCCGUGCGACCCCCAAAGGAACUGCAUAUGAAUCUGUCAAAAUCGCGAUUGAAACGGGCUACAGACACUUUGAUGGAGCUUUGGUUUAUUACAAUGAGCAUGAGGUGGGACAAGCAAUAAGGGACAAAAUAGCAGACGGCACUGUGAAGAGAGAGGACAUUUUCUAUUGUGGAAAGUUGUGGAACACAUUUCAUCCACCCGAGUUAGUGCGACCUGCUCUGGAGAAAACCUUGAUGACAUUACAGCUGGAUUAUGUUGACCUCUAUAUUGUAGAAAUGCCCACAGCUUUCAAGCCGGGAGAUACGUUCUACCCCAGAGAUACAAAUGGGAAGUGGCUUUAUCAUGAAACGGACCUCUGUGCCACUUGGGAGGCUUUAGAAGCUUGUAAAGAUGCUGGCCUUGUGAAGUCUCUUGGAGUGUCGAACUUCAACAAGCGACAACUGGAGCUGAUCCUUAACAAGCCAGGGCUGAAACACAAACCUGUGUCAAACCAGGUUGAAUGCCAUCCCUAUUUCACCCAGCCGAAGUUGCUUGAAUACUGCCGGAAGAAUGAAAUCGUCAUUGUCGCUUACAGCCCCUUGGGAACAUGUAGAGAUGCAUCCUGGGUAAACCUCAAAUGUCCUCCACUGUUGGAAGAUGAGCUGCUGGUAUCGAUUGCAAAAAAGUACAACAAGACCUCGGCCCAGGUGUGUCUGAGAUUCAAUGUGCAGAGAGGUGUUGUGGUUAUCCCCAAGAGCUUCAACCCUGCUCGCAUAAAGGAGAACUUUAAGAUAUUCGAUUUCAGUCUCUCUGAGGCUGAUAUGAAGGCAAUUGAGGGGUUGAACAAGAACAUCCGCUUUGUGGAGCUUGUCAUGUGGUCUGACCAUCCGGAGUAUCCAUUUCACGACGACUUCUAGACACCACAGAUAGCAAGACUUUGUUCAAGUGUGAUCAAAUUUGGUUUUACUGUUUGAUUUUUUUUUUUUUAAUUGUGCGAUAACUUAAAUUGUAUUGGGGAAAUUUAUAAAUUUUACUGUUUUAACAAUAAUAAUAAAACUAUUUGUGGAGCACUUUUCCAGAUAUAGCUGAAAAAUGAUUUACAGAACACAAUACAAUAGAUAACAAAAAGACAUUAAAACAAGGGAUAAAAAUAUGGGGAAAAAGCAAUGUGAAAAAGUAAGCCAGGUAACAUAAUACAAUAAAAAUAUAUAAACAAGUCGCUAAAGAAAAAAACAUAUCAAAUGUUUAAAAUGUGAGAAUGUACCAGUUUAAGAAAAAUAGCUCGUUUUUAAUUUGAUAGCAACACAUCUCAAAAAAAGGAACAAUAAAUAAUUAUAAUGACAGAUGUGUGUGUGGAGCAAUGGUCAGAGAGACCUUAUCCAAAAAUUUAGUGGGGAUACUGUCAAGCUGCACUGCAGUGAAUGAUUUCAGUUAACCUUGUGCUAAUCUCACCUUAUAUGAUCUGAAGCUCACUUAAUAUGCUACAUGUAACCAUGUGCCUUAGGGAGUGAACUCUGUGUGGCCUCAGGGAAGCUGUGCCUCUGUGCUGUAUGGUUUAUAUGUUGGCUCCAGCACAGUAGACUGGCCUUGAAGGGAGGCUGGCAUACUGACAACAAUUAGAACACACUGGGAAACAUGCUGAACAUACUGGGAGUACCCAACCCUGAUGGGAGGUGUUGUGUAGUUGGCAUGCUGAAUGCACUGGAAAGACCGGACUAUGCUGGAUGUUGUCAUGUAAUAAAGAAAGGUGGGGCCAGUGGCUCCUUGCUCUACAUAAGUGAGGGCCCAGGAGCUCUGUCUCUGUUUAAGUACACCUCAGGCUUGCUUUCUGCUUCUUUAUGUGCUCUGCUCUAUUUGUAGAAACUCAAUAAACUGUG